AAUGAAGUAUUUGAAGAGGAAGAGAAGCAGUACGGUGCAGAAAUCUCUGAACUAUGUGAGAGAGUAUGCGUAUUAUGAAGCAAAAAUCAACGCGGAACAUGAUACGCCAUUAAGAGAAAAGCUUGUUGCCGAAUUUGAG